CGGGAAUGCCGAUGGCUACACUCCGAAGGGCACAGGGAGUCGGACCGCCCCCUCGACGUGAUUGGCUGGAAGCGGCUCGCCUCUCGCAGCCUAUUGGUUCUCUAAUGUUUUGAGUCUCUUUACGGAAGCUCGGAGCUGCCAUAAUUCUUCAGCUUAUAUUAUCGCCUCUGUAUGGUUUUACAAGAAAAGAUAGAAUAAAGUUGGGGUUUCAGCAUGUUUUACUAAUCCUUAUUUGACGAGAGGCUUCCGCCAGGAAAUCUCAGCUCGGAUUUUUUUAAAUUUUUUUUAGGAAGGGGACAACACCAAGCUGUCAAGGAGACGUGAAGAUGGCCGCCACCUUGGUGCUACUGAGGGGGAGAAGCUGCCCAGGUCUAUCCGUCCUCUGCCAGCCUCGGUGGGUAUCUUGGGAUGACAUGCAUUGCACCUGUAACAUCCAGGCUGGCCUGUGGCACUGCCUAUCAUGCUCAGCCAGCCAGAUCAAUCAAUAAGUCCUGGCUGUCACUGUCCUCUCUUUUAGGGUUAUUUACUAAAAUAUCUGAAUUGUCAGGAGUUCAGAGUGAAUGAAAAAAAUAUAUAUAUCAAGCAACACACUGAAUUGUGACAUGAGAAUGGAAAAUUUACAGGGUUAUUCACUAAACACUGACAAUGGAGACUUCCUAUUUACCAUAACUACUUAUUAAAGGUAAUUACAGCUGGAAUACGGUCAACCAGACCCAAUCCGCAACAUCUGGACAGGCGCACUCAUCGACUAAAAUCAGUGCUUUUCGCAUCCAAACACCACUCAAUGUACAGUAUUUAGUAUACGUACAAAGCACAGAAUUUGAACACAAUUGGAACCGAAUGCUUCCAGUAGGGUGCUCUUUAGCAAAUUACCAUUCACUUACUUUUAGGCAAGAAAACAAUAAUUUGAGGUCCUAUUUGCCCAUUGGGUGGUGCUAGCCACUAGUGGACAAAUAGAAAACAUUCCGCAGUGCGAGUGUUAGCCAUUCUAGCUAGCUGCCUCAUUUGAAAAAAGUGGAAAAAAAUACAUGUCAUAUUGACCCCCAUAUUAGUAUUUGUAAAUGCCAUAUUGACCCCAUAUUAGAGUUGUAAAAUCUCCCUAAUGCCCCUAUCAGCCAUGCUAGGGGUGGGGGCAUACCUACUAUAACAAAAGCAGCUGCUCAAGCUACUGUUGGACAGGUCCACCCACCUUAAAAUUCAAUAUUGAUCGGGCUCUAUAUAAAAUUAAAAAAGGGUCAAGGCCAAUGAGCUGCAGGUGUGGGUAUUAUUUAACAACCAGGCAAAAAUAAAAAAUGCUCAAAAAAAUAAAACAGACCCACAACAAAAAUAAAUCCAUGUGCACCCCACAAGGCCUCUGUGCAGACAGAGUUUUCAAGGCCUGGGAAUUUUUUUAUAAAGGUUUUCCAACACUUUGAAUUCUCAGUAGAGUGCUCUGAUUGGUUGGCCUCUAAGCCCACACUAUUGCCCACCCAUACUAUUAUUUUUUUGGAAGCAAUGGUAUGUCCAUCUUCCACCUUAUUACAUUUAACACCCUCACCUGAAGCCCAUGGUGGAAGGAUGGAUAGUAAAAUGGCCACCCACCACCCAUGAUUGGGACUUGGGGCGGGGUAAAAUGAGACACCCUCUUCCACCCAUUUAUCGGUUUAUUAGAUAUCAUCUGCCAUCCAUGGAUGAUAACUGGGGAGGACUUUAGAAACCCCCCUCCCCAUUUUUAAAGUAUCCCCACCAGCUGGCCAUAGGGGAGGGACACUGACUUAUCCAUCCCCUAUUAUUGAAUUUUAAGCCCCCACCCAAAGCCAGGUCACUUUGUUAUUUUUCAUGUCCCAUUCCCAUGAGAUUGUACCUUCCUAGCAACAGGGCAACAUUAGCAGCCUAGUAGCUAUUUUUUAUUUUAUUCUAUUUUUUUAAUGAGUAGCGGCUGACUUUUGUACCCACCAACAGCAUUGCCAGUAAGGGCAUAAGGUAGGCUUUACACUUCCCAUAUACUAAUAUUGGGGUCUAAUUUACCCCGUAGGCCUUUUUAUUUCAUUUUAUUUUUUAAAUGUAACUUAUAUUUAAUGUGGUGAAUGUCUAGCAAGCUGCCACAUGAUUGACGCUAACACUGCCAAUGUUUUUUUUUAAAUUAUUUGUGAGCAUAUACUUUGUAUUUUAACAAUCCGGGACUGUAUUUCAGAUUAUGGCAACUUUCAAUCCAGCUGAAAUCCGAACCAAAUUCAGACUCAAUCAGAGCCUGGUUUGCAAAAUCUGGACAUUGUUAAAUAUUUUAAACAUUGUCCGAAUUUUGCAGUCCGAAUGGACCUGUACUUAAAUGAAUAGUGUUGUAUGGGGCUAAUUUGUUAUUAAAUUCUAUCCUUAAUUUUGUAAUUACAUUUUAUCAAACUCAACAUGCAUUAAACUCUCCUUUUACUUUACCCUUAAUUUACCUUCUACCAAAACUGUCACAUACACAGUCUACUCCAAGGGUGCGCAUGACUUGGUUCUGGCGGUGAGAGGGUUAACAUUGACUAUUUGUCUGCACUAGAAAGGAAGUAAUGAUAACAAUUCCCCUUACCACCAACAUAUGUAAUUAUAGUAAUAUAAUGCUACCACCACCAAGACAAUUUAUAAAUAGGGUGCCAAGCAAGUUAGACUAAAAACCCACAAAAUCAGAUUUAGCACAAUAUCUAUGUGUUUUAUAUUCACUAAUGUUAGUCUUUACCAGACAAAGGCAGAACAUAAUAAAGAAACUGUUAUUACGAAAACAAAAAAUAGACACCGUGCAUACAAAGACAGAAGGCAUACAAAUUAUUUACACUAACAACAGUUACAAAUAAAAAAGAAAAUUUAACAGAAAACCCAAAUAUUUACUUUGAUAGUAAAGUAGCUGUAAUUUCAAUUCAGGUGGUCUCCGGCAAGGAAAGAUGGUGACUUACUCAAAAUUAGAUCUUGGCCCUUAGUAAGCCACAAGACAUUGGCACAUCAUUAUAUUCAUACCUUCUGUAUCCUUCUCAAGUUUCCAAGCUAGCCCAGAGGUGGUGGAGCGAAGGUGUACCUAUAGGAACAAUUUGUUGAAAUUUGUUAAGCCCUGUGCUAAGUGACCAUUAGCAGUCAGGAGACCAUUGUCUUUCAGUGUCAUAUCCAAAAGAAACCUUAAUAAUAACCCACAGAUAAAUAAUCAUGCCUUCCUGUGUGCAUGUUUAGAAUGGGGAACAUACACCCCACAAACAGAGUAGAAACACAAGGCUUCCCUCUUGUGUUUCAGACCAACUCCAAUCUAAAUAGAAUUUUUUUAUUUUAUUUUCUCUCUUGUUUUUGCCACAUAAAUAAUUCUUGCAUUAAUUUUUCUGCAUUUUGUCAAGUCCAUAGAUAUAUCAUACUUCCUACUUGACACAAUACCACAGACAAUUCCUUCCAAAUGGAUGAAGCUGCGCUAGCCAUAUUUAUACUCUGUUUGUGGGGUGUGCUUUGCCCUUUCUGAACAUACACAUGAGAAGGCAUGAUCAUUCGUCCGUAGGUUAUUAUUGUUUCUUUUGGAUAUGACGCUGAAAGACAACGGUCUCCUGACUGCUAAUAGUCGCUUAGCACAUGGCUUGACUAAUUUGCUUUAAAUUUAGGAGCCAGCUAAAAAGGUUGGGAGCCAGUAUUUUUUUAAUCUUACAAAGCUUUAUUUUUCACAACAAAAAUAUUCCAGUUGUUAAUUUGCUAAACCAUGAAUUCGGAAGAAUGGUACGUUUUAGGUUUUUUUUUGUUUUUUUUUAAAUUGUAUGUUUUAUAUAUUUCAGAAAAUGGUCUUGUGGUCCCACAAUACUAAGGUACUCUUCCCAAGCAGGUAUGUGAACAAUGCAGUUUAUAUAUCAAAUUUUAAAGGUGACUUGAUCUGCACGCGUGCAAUAAUAUGUCGUCUACAUACUGUGCCAGUAUAUACAUUUCAUUAUAUACUCAGCUGAAGUUUUCUUACUGCUCAGUGACUAGACAUUGUGAAAAAACUAGUGCACUAAGUAUCUUGUUGGAAUGCAAUGCUAUCAAUGAUCCAUUACAGUUGCAGAACUUGCCCAUUCACUAGCACAGCUGUAGCCAAAAAAUGUUAACACAAAUUAUGUUGUCUAUGCGAUUGCUAGAAAGUUGGUUAACACAAUGUAUUGAUUGAUGAGUCUAUAGAAAUAGGUUUACUUGGCUAAAGUGUCUUUAAAAUGGUCCUGAUAUGUGUGUGUGCAUGGCUCAAUAUUUUCACCGCUCAUUAACAAGUGAAUAUUUGGCCCUGGAAGAAAUGCACUACUGGUUAGCGUGCCAUGUACUCUCUAAGCUUGCAGUGGUGAGUAAUUCUUAAAGCCUGGCUCGUAGUGUGAGCCUUGAAAUGUAAAGGGAUCUGUAUGCAUAUAUAUAUGUGUGUGUGUGUGUGUGUGUGUGUGUGUGUAUACGUACAUAUGAAAUAAAAUCUCUAAAGAAAAAAGGGGUGCACGCAUGGGUCUUGUAAACUAAUGAAAAUGUAUUGGUGGAACAAAACAAAAAAUGGAUCCAAAUAUUGAUUUUUUUUUUUUUUUUUUUAAGUACUGUGAGUUGUACAUUCUGUUUUGUAAACAUUAUGUUUGAACCUUCGUAAUUGAUAAGCAAGUAUGUUUCCUUCCACCUCUUAAUCUCAUGUCUUAUUUCCUCUCUAAUGAGAUGUAUUUUAUCCUGUACUUUGCAUUUAUUUUGUGUCCAGUUACAUCAAUAGUUUGUUUAAAGCUCUGUUGUUCUAUUUGGGUUACACAGGAAAAUGCAUCGACAAAGUCUUGAUUGCAAAUAGAGGGGAAAUUGCGUGCAGAGUGAUGCGCACUGCUAAGAAGAUGGGUGUGCAGUCUGUAGCAGUAUACAGUGAAGCAGACAGAAAUUCCAUGCAUGUAUCACUGGUACAGUAUUUAUAUGUUUUGGUUUUUUUUUCUGUGUGUAAUUUUAAUGAGAGGUCCAUGGGAAGCUUAACGUUUUACACCAACCUUUCUAUCCUACCUCCCACUUCAAACAAAAAGAAUAAAGCUAAAACUGAUGUACGUUCCAGCUUUGAGGUCAAGGUCUCUUUUAUAAGCCUGAUCCACCUCCACUGAUGUUACUUCUCCUUGCUGAGGGGAGGACAUGGGCGGUACAGAUGGGGGGGAGCAUGCCACCUUUGGAUGCCUGUCACCAGCAAACUGUGUGUGCUGAGUCCAAUAUGCACAAAACUGACAUUAGCCAACCAUGCAAAGUUUUACUGGUGAUCCUGUUUUAGUAGUUUCUUACCCUGUAUUGAGUUUAGAUCAGUGCCUUAAGAAUAUUGUUCUCAGGGCUUUUCACUAAAGUAAGAAUUCAAAGUAGAUUUCAAAUUUAAGGCCAAAAUAGCCAAACAGAAAAAAAUUAUCUAAGACCGUUAUGCAUCCAGUUCAGAGACUCUGAUCUAAAGUUUGAAAAUCACUUUACUCACUUUAGUGCAUAACCCUGUCAAAACGUGGCAUAUAACACUUCAAACUAUAUCAGACUUAGAAAUGUCUAAAAUUUGGUGAGGCAUUCCUUUUAAAAUAAAAUACUUUCAGCUUUGCCAGCAGUAGUAGAUCUGUGUUGUUACAGGCCAUCCAGUCUUUUAGUAAUAUUCCAUUUUCCCCAUUGGUUUAUUUUUGGGUUCCUUUCCACAGUCUUUUUAUGUAGCGCCAAUCAACUUGAAUAAGGGCUAAAUAAUGCUCUUUCACAUAUCCCAACUUUAUUUUGCACGUCUUUAACCUGUGUUGUGUUUCUUUGACAGGCAGAUGAAGCAUAUCUGAUUGGGCCAGCAGCUUCCCAGCAGAGUUAUCUUGCAAUGGAUAAAAUCUUGCAAGUGGCAAGAAGGUCAGGUGCUCAGGUAACACAAAGUGAUGGGGAAUGUCUGUGCUAAAAAAAGAUUAUUCUGUUACACUUCCUUCCACAAUAUUCCAAUGGCUUGGGACCGGAAUCAUACUCUUUCAGCAUGUUACAAGAAAACUAAAACGUCUGAAGACUGACUGAAUAUCUACUGUAAUGGGCAGUGGAUAGACAGCACUAAAGUCAUGGUCAUUGAUCAAAAAUGUACAAAUGAAAAUACAGUUAGAAACAUAGAGCAUUUUCCACUGCAAUAACUCAAAUUAGCUUGAACGUUUCUUCUUUUUCUCUUACUAUAUCUAAAAACAAAUUGUGUUGCUUGAGCAAAAUCUAAAAUAUUUUCAGGAAACUUAACAAGGUUCAAUUAUAAGGCAAAUGCAGAGUGAAGUUUGCUAAAUGUGGGUGUAAAUAUGUAUGCGUGUGUGUGUAUAUCUGUAUAUGUAUGUAUUCAAAUAAAAAUCACUUGGUUAAAUAUUCUGCUCAUAGAAACAUUCCAUUAAAGCAGACCUGUCACUUCUGUGAUAUUUGCAUAACCCAAUAGCUAACUAGAAGUUAGCCAUGUGUUUCUCUCAGGGCCGUCUUUAACAAGGGGCAAACAGGGCAGCUGCCCCGGGCCCAGUUGCUCCUGGGGGGCCCAAAGCAGAUGCCCUGUGGGCCCCCUGCCCGCAGCCAGGUCUGAACAGCCCACUGGGAUACUGAGAAAUAUCCCGGUGGGCUGCAGCAGGUGAUGUAAUCAGGGGCCCCGGCCCUUUAAGAGAGCUCCUGACCGGGCCCCUGUCUUCCUGCCUGCUGGGAGGAAGUGUUGUGAGGUCACUUCCUCCCAAUUAACAGAGUGCCGCUGGGGAGGAGGAGGCAUACAUGGAGAGCAGGAGGAAGUACAGACCAAGAAGAAGAAGACCCCCAUCAAUCUCAGCCAUCCAGCUCCCACUGGACCACAGGGAAGCCACACUUCUGUAAAGGUAAGGAGGGUGGCUAAACUAUGUGAAUUCAUAUGACUCUGUGUGUUUGUGUCAGUGUGUGUGUAUAUCUGACUGUAUGUGUGUAUGUGUAUCUGGCUGUAUGUGUGUAUGUGUAUCUGGCUGUAUGUGUGUAUGUGUAUCUGGCUGUAUGUGUGUGUAUCUGGCUGUGUGUGUGUGUAUCUGGCUGUAUGUGUGUGUAUCUGGCUGUAUGUGUGUGUGUAUCUGGCUGUAUGUGUGUGUGUAUCUGGCUGUAUGUGUGUGUGUAUCUGGCUGUAUGUGUGUGUGUGUAUCUGGCUGUAUGUGUGUGUGUGUAUCUGGCUGUAUGUGUGUAUGUGUAUCUGGCUGUAUGUGUGUAUGUGUAUCUGGCUGUAUGUGUGUGUGUGUAUCUGGCUGUAUGUGUGUGUGUGUAUCUGGCUGUAUGUGUGUGUGUGUGUGUAUCUGGCUGUAUGUGUGUAUGUGUAUCUGGCUGUGUGUGUGUAUCUGGCUGUAUGUGUGUAUAUCUGACUGUAUGUGUGUAUGUGUAUCUGGCUGUAUGUGUGUGUAUCUGGCUGUAUGUGUGUAUGUGUAUCUGGCUGUAUGUGUGUAUGUGUAUCUGGCUGUAUGUGUGUGUGUAUGUGUAUCUGGCUCUAUGUGUCUGUGUAUGUGUAUCUGACUGUAUGUGUGUGUACCUGGCUGUAUGUGUGUAUGUGUAUCUGGCUGUAUGUGUGUGUGUAUCUGGCUGUAUGUGUGUAUGUGUAUCUGGCUGUAUGUGUGUGUGUAUCUGGCUGUAUGUGUGUAUGUGUAUCUGGCUGUAUGUGUGUGUAUCUGGCUGUAUGUGUAUCUGGCUGUAUUUGUGUAUGUGUAUCUGGCUGUAUGUGUGUGUAUCUGGCUGUAUGUGUGUAUAUCUGGCUGGUGUGUAUGUGUUGUAUAUCUGACUGUGUGUGUGUGUGUAUGCUUGCUUAUCUGUGUGUGUGUAUCUGGGUGGAUGUUUGUAUAUCUGACUGUGUGUGUAUCUGACUGUGUGUGUGUAUCUGGCUGUGUGUGUGUGUAUCUGGCUGUGUGUGUGUGUAUCUGACUGUGUGUGUGUGUAUCUGACUGUGUGUGUGUGUAUAUCGACUGUGUGUGUGUGUAUCCGACUGUGUGUGUGUGUAUAUCUCACUGUGUGUGUGUGUGUGUGUGUAUCUGGCUGGCUGUGAUUGUAUCUGGCUGUGUUUGUGUCUGACUGUGUGUGUGUGUCUGUAUCUGACUGUGUGUGUGUAAGUGUGUAUCUGGCUGUGUGUGUCAGUGUAUAUCAUUUGUGUCAGUGUGUGUUUAUAUGGCUGUGUUUGUGUCAGUGUACAUGUACCUUUGUGUCAGUGUUUAUGUGUAUCUGUAUGUAUGUAUACCUAUGUGUCAGUUUGUAUGUGUACCUGCUUGUCUGUGUAUAUGUACCUGUGUGUGUAUGAGUGUCAGUAUGUAUAAGUGUGUAUCUGUGCGUGUGGCAAAGCAUACAUCCCAUCUAACAUUGCACACAAAUACAACCCUGCAUUCCAACAUUAACAAUGCACACAAAUACACCACUGCAUGUGUAUCUGUGUUCCUGUGUGUAUCACUGUUUGUGUGAAAGUGCAUCUGUGUGACAAUGCAUACAUCCCAGCAUUCCUACGCCAACACUGCACACAAAUACAUAUGUAUUUGUGUAUAUAUCUGUGUCAGUGUGUGUAAGUGUGUAUCUCUGUGUGUGGAUGUGCCAGUGUUUUUAUCUCUGUGUGUGCACGUGUAUUUAUGUAUGUGGCUGUGUGUGUAUACGCCAGUCUUUGUCAGUGUGUCCAGAUGUGUGCAUGUAUCACAGUUACAUAGCUGAAAAGAGACUUGCGUCCAUCAAGUUCAGCCUAUCAGUGUGCUAAUGUGUAUGUAUAUCUGUGAAUGUUGACAUUCAUACAUCACUGCAACCACACCCCUGCAAACAUUACAUACAAACACACCCCUGAAUUCAAACUCAAAAAGUAUAUGGAAACACAUCCCUACACUUAAACACCAAUACUACACCCUACAUGCACACACAUACUUUAUACAACAACAUGCUCACAUUCAAAUGCACAAACACUGCUCACAAAUACAGCCCUGCAAAAAUGGACAAAUGGUAGAUCCCCAGCUGGCAUAGCAUCGUUGGAAUUGUACAACAGAUGAGGAUCUAUCUUUUCUCUGCUCUUGCGCUAGAGGGAUGGCAGGAUCCAGGGGGCCCAAACAAAUGCCUGCCCAGUGUCCAAUCAAUGUUAAAGACGGCCCUGGUUUCUCUGUAGGUCUUGAACAAUGCAUUAAUUUGCCCAAAGCUUAUAUGAAAGUGCUGCGGAGGUACGUGUGUUUUACGCCUACACUGCACUGCUGUCAUUAGAACUUCAGUAGUACUUACUGAAGUUGGGAAUGAGGAACUGUCACUUUCAGAGAAGUUGGAUGAAAAUAACAUCAAGACAAGGGCACACAACGGAGCUAUUAAUGCAAAAGAUACCUUUCUUGGUUAAAUACUUUGAUACUGUAGUUCAGAACUUAAAACAAACAAUAGCAGCAUUUUUCUAAAUGAGCAUUUUAUAUUUUUUAGGUUAUAGCUUCCUUUUAAAAGAAUACGUCCACACUUUAAAAUCUUGUGUUUCUUGCACUGAUUCUGUUGCAAGGAGGUUCCAUGUUUUUGUUCUUUCAGCUAUAACCCCGCGCCAGACUCAAAUAAUAUAUGUCCCCUGGCAAUAAAAUAACACACGACUUGUAAAAUUCACUAACCUGUGACAAGAAUGGAAACCGAUUAAUGAGACUAAUUUUUUUAACAUAACAUUUAGUAGAUAAAUAGAUUUUCACAUCCUAGUUUUCUUGUGACUUUGUGCCUUUUUUCUUCCUUUUUCUAUUAGUUCUCCAUACACAAAAUUAAAACCUUAUGACUGUCUAUUAUUAUAUUCCUGGUAUCAUUGAUGAUCUAAUGUGAUUUGAAUGCAUUGAUUUAUUGACUUCCUCAAGCUUUCUUCCUGAAACCAUAAAAUACAUUGUUACAAAUAAUGUAUACUAAUUUUUUUCUUUUUCUGAUAGGCUAUUCAUCCAGGCUAUGGUUUUCUGUCAGAAAACACAGAGUUUGCAGAGUUGUGCAAGAAAGAUGGUAUUAUUUUUAUUGGGCCUCCAUCAUCUGCUAUCCGGGACAUGGGGAUAAAGAGGUAAAAAAGUUAACACUUGGCCCUGUGACAUUGAGCUGAUAUUCAAGUAAUCAUCAUUGGCAUGGUUACCCUCAACCCUCCCCCCCUCCCCCCCCCCAAAAAAAUGAAGGAAACUAAACUUACCUGCUUUGCCACUUUAAAUCCAAGUUCUCCCUGCAGCCUGAUCCUGUUCUGGUGACUUCACUUACUCUCAAGGAAUGUCAGGGCUGUGAUGAGGACGGAGUGACUUUACCAGCAUUGGUUGUCUAUUGCCAGCAUGCUAUGCACAGAUUUAACAUUAAGUAGCCAGGAACCCUGGGUAAUGAUGCUGUCAGAAUUGGAGUUAUACCCCCAGCACUAGGCUUUAGCCCUCUAUGUGCAGCAUUUCAAACUAAAAGGCUGCACAGACUCCAAGCACCAUGACCACUUCAAAACACUGAAGUGGUCAUGAUCCUUAAAAUAACCCUUUAAACUUACCUUUAUUCAGUGCCAUAACACACUGCACUCUGCAAUUACUACUGACACUGUGAGAUCAUCAAGUAUAGAGAUGAUAGAUAUAUCAAGGAUAGAUUGGUGGAUAUAAAGAAGACACACAAAAAGAAUCAACAGUGCUUUACAUCGCCAGAGAAAAGGACCGCAUUCAUGCACCAAAAAUCAUUACAUUAAGAUGCAGUUGUUUUGAUGCUUAAGUGUCCCUUUAAUAUUUUCAAUCAGCUUUCAUAGUAAAUCUCAUCCAACAGGUGGUAUUUCAAAGCUCAGUUGCGCUAAUUGUAAUAUUGAUUGUUCCUCUUCCCAAGCACAUCAAAGGCCAUAAUGUCUGCUGCUGGCGUACCAAUUAUAGAAGGUUACCAUGGCGAUGACCAGUCUGACCAACAUCUAAAGGAGCAAGCUCAGAGAAUAGGCUACCCUGUAAUGAUUAAAGCUGUACGAGGAGGUGGUGGCAAGGUAAGCAAGUGAGCCAAAUUAACGGUUUGCUUCAGGCAUGACAUAAAUUCAUUAUACACCGCACGCUAACUUCUAAUCGUUCAAACCAGUGAAUUAAAUAAAACUUUUACUGACAAAGGUACUACAUACACAUUUCUCUUUUAAAAACUAAAUACAGUUAAUAUUUAAUUAAUCAACAGAAUGUACAACUUUUUAAAAAUAAUUUUAAGUUAUUUAACCAUUUCAGUUACCCAUCUUAUAUGUGCAGAGCAUAUCUCUCGACAUGCAGCUAUGCUGAUCUUCCAUGAUGAAAAAGGAGCAGCCUCACUUGAUACAUUUUUUUCUUUUCUUACUAUUCUUCUUAUCUAUAUUAUUAGGGGAUGAGAAUAGCAAGGUCUGAGGAAGAGUUCUUUGAACAAUUAGAAUCCGCCAGACGAGAAGCUAAAAAGUCAUUUAAUGAUGACGUUAUGCUAAUUGAGAAGUUUGUUGACAAUCCAAGGUGAGAAAUGGGUCAUAGUGCAUUUUUAAAGCUAUUGAUAUUGUACUUUGAAGUCAUGACAGUGUGUUUCAGAAUCAGAAGUUUCAUAUUGUACUAGAUCUUUGAAACCUUGUACGGCACAACAAACCCUAACAGCAGUGAUAGUGUCAUACCAUUGCACCAUGAGUUGUGCAGAAAUUUCUCAUUCAUUUUUCUGUUCCCAUAUCACUAGACAUGUGGAAGUCCAAGUGUUUGGUGAUCAACAUGGAAAUGCUGUAUAUCUUUUUGAAAGAGAUUGCAGUGUACAGAGGAGACAUCAAAAAAUCAUUGAGGAAGCUCCUGGGGUGAGUUGGCUAACUUUCUUUAAAACUAGGGAAAUGAUUUAUAAAUGCAAACAAAAUUAAAGGGCCAGUCUUGGCACAAUAAUUAUCCUCAUGUAGGGCUUAGCAUCCAUGUGUAAAUUAACAUAAACAAUGUAGAGCCCCAAAAUAGAUUUUUAUUACGAGGAAAAAUAAAAAAAUGUAUGUAAUCAAGCCACUAGACGGUGGUUAAGAUAAUAACAAAAACAGAAAAAUACAUAAAGAUAAUUAACAGUGUAUGUGUUUAUUUUAAUAUAAAUUGGAACUAUGGAGGUACAGUUGCUAAUCUUAUAGUAUGCAUUGGUCUCUAUAUUAAUGUCCAGCUUGUCCAUCAUUGUUGGUGGAAAGUUAGUGAAAUAAACACCUGAGCCACAUAGACGUGUAAUAUAUUUGAAAAAUCACACAAAUGACCAAUUUCUGCAAAUAAAUAUAUAUAUCCUCUAGCCUGUCUUGGUUUUAUAUGCUUGUUACCCAUGCAUUUUGGAAGCUGCAUAGCACUGCUGUAUUUGAGUCAAUUAACUUUUUUUUAAUUUAUCAUGCGAUACUGUUAAAUAGUAUAUCUGAGAAUGUGUGUGUAUCUUAAUGUCAUUUUAUCACAGACCUAGCAUCAAACACUAAUUGGUACCCUAUUUCUUAAUACUCUUACAGCCUGGAAUCAGUCCUGAAGUUAGAAAAAAACUAGGAGAAGCUGCUGUGAGAGCAGCAAAAGCUGUGCACUAUGUGGGAGCAGGUAGGUUUUGGUGUUGUAUUUUGUGGUCCAGCUGUUAAUAUAGCCCUGGUCUUACAUCAUGGGGACCACCAGGGAAAGGGGUAAAGUAUCCAGUGUAAGGCAACUAGUGAAUGGCAAUGAAGAUCAGAAAUUUUUCUCGCAAAAUGUAUUUGAGAUUUGAUUCUUUCAUUUUAAGUGAUUUGCAUUUUCAUGACAGAUACAGUAAUAGUCAUUAAUCUCAUUCCUCCCCCUUAUAUUUACUUUUGUUUUUAUCAAUGAGUGUAAAGCAUACCUGUUUGCAGAGACCUGCCCAGGUAACAUCAAUUGAUCUACUAACCUCUUGUACAAUUAUCUUAUUUCUUCAACUAUUACAAGAUGAUACAUGUGAGAGCACAAAACAGUGGACUAUGUAAGAUCAUAUGAAACAGCAGUACUGUCCACCAAUCUCAUGCAUGCACACUGAAAGUCUUUAGACAGCUAGAUACUCAUUAAUAUUCUGGCCUUGGCUUCCUUUGGUUUUAAAAUAGGCAUGCACAUGUCAAUUGGAAGCUAGUUGGAAGUUCAGUAGAAUUCCAACUCAACACAUUAAUUUAAUACAGAUUCUAUCUUUUAAAAAGAGCAGGGUCCAACUUCGCUACACGGACCAGUGGGAGACAGACUUAGGGGAAAAAAUAGAGGGCUCCGCGGGACAUCUGGGAGGCGACAGCCCGUUCAUCCAUUUGUGUCACCCUCCAAGAGCAGUCAUUUAAAACGCUUUUCAGAUGGUACACCACCCCAGUAAAACAAUUCUGAAUGCAGAUCACCUCUUCAGACCUAUGCUGGCAUGGCUGCGGGGAAAAGGGCACAUACGUGCAUAUGUUGUGGACAUGCCCUACAGUACAGGCCUACUGGUCUCAAAUCAUCACUCUAAGCUCAAACAUAAUACAGAGAACACUACAGAUGGACCCGUGGGCCUGCCUUCUCUCCAGGCCGACAGACUGCCUUACACGCCCAGAGCAACAACUACUAAACAUGGUUUAUCUAGCGGCCUGAAGGGUACUAGCACAAAAAUGGCUCUGUCUGGAAACACCCCCCUUGACACUGGUCUUAGCAAAACUAAACGAUAACCGUCUCAUGGACAGGUUAACCUCAUUAGUCAGACACACCGCCAAAAAAUGUAGGAAGGUAUGGGAACUGUGGGAGCAAUACCAAGAGAAUGCCGAGGGGGGACAGGGGCCCUGAACGAACACUGAUAACUAAAAAGUAAAAGGGCACAUAACGAACCUAUACAGAGCAGAGGUAACAGUCAUGAUAGCAAAACGUUUUUCAGUUCUCUGCUUAUAGCGCUAUCCGUUUGUAUGUUUUUACUCUGAUACAUAUAUAUAUAUAUAUAUAUAUAUAUAUAUAUAUAUAUCUGCACCAAACGAGGCGACAACGGCCUCACGGUAAGCUUCAACAACCAAACUGCGAAAUACAUCCAUAGCAAACCUGAAAUUGACAGAUAAACCACUGAAUUGACCUAAAAAUGUCACUAUGCAUGUAAACUGCACUAAUGCACUACUUUCUCUUUAUGUAAAUGUAAAUUGCAUAACAAAAAAAAAAAAAUAAUAAAAAAAAAAACAACAACCAAAAAAAAACAACCACAGUGGCUUCUGUGUAAGCCCAAGUAUUAUCGCAUGUGUGCACCGCCUUAUGUGAUAAAAUAAAUUACACAUAAAAAUGGUGGCAACACCUCUUGUUUUUAUGUUGUUUAAGGUUAAAACUUAAAUUUGUUUUGUUUUAUAUAUAAAUGCAAAACCCUGACAGAACAAGACCGCAAAGAAGAACUAUGAACAGUAGCAUUAGCAUCUAAAAAGUCAAUCUCUUUUUUUUUCUGUAUCACUGUGAAACUGCUGUAAAACACGAAUUUUGGCUUUUGCAUAAGCCCAAGUACUGUUCACAUGCCUGAAAUUUCUGUCAUUGAAAAUAAAGAAUUACAAAAAAAAGAGCAGGGUCCUCUUCAACCUAUCGUUCCUGUAAGUUGUCUUGUAAUUGUCCUAUUUAUAGUGAAAUCCCCCCUCUCAUAAUAUUGUAAAGCGCUACGGAAUCUGUUGGCUACAACAAUUUUUUAAAAGUUGGUUUGGGUAUUAUUAUACAGUUUGUUAUCUCCCUUUAUAAUUUAAAUGUGGUUUAAUGAUGAAAAGUCACAAGAUACAUUAUUGUUUUUUCCUCUGAGAAAAUGUUUAAGUAUAAGAUGGAUCUGUUAAAGUUAUGUGUGUUUUGACAUUUCUUUCAGGAACUGUGGAAUUCAUUAUGGAUCCACAGCAGAAUUUCUAUUUCAUGGAGAUGAACACUCGUCUACAGGUUGAGCAUCCAGUCACUGAAAUGAUCACAGGAACUGAUCUAGUGGAGUGGCAACUUCGAGUAAGUAAGAAGUAAAUCUUGACCAGUUGGAUUUUGUGGUCAGUGGAGCAGUCCAAAUAAUACCGGUAUACAAUGUUUUAUUUAUAAAUGUCUGUUUGCUUAAAAUGAUCCAAAAAUCAGUUUUAGUAUAUGGCUUAAUUAUUGCAUUGAAAUAAAGAAUUUAGGGCCCUCAGCACCUUCUGUUCCUGUGUCUCCAACUUGUCUUGUCCGGCCACUACUUGUUUGUUAGUCCACCUAUUUUACAGCUCUGGGGAAUUUGUUGGCGCUUUAUAAAUAAUAAUAACACUCCCUCAAGUGUUGUUACUCCUGUGUCUGUCUCCCUCCAAGUCAACGGUGCUACCAUCAGCUCCACCACGCAGGCUCGCUACCUAGGUGUUCUCUUUGGCUCUGACCUCUCCUUCAAGCCUCAUGUUCAGUCUAUUGCAAAAUCCUGUCAUUUCUAUCUCAAAAACAUUUCGCGCAUCCGCCCCUACUUAACGCCAGAUGCGACUAAGGUGUUGGUCCAUUCCACUGUCCUUUCUCGCCUUGACUACUGUAAUCCGCUUCUCAGUGGUCUUACAUGCUCCCAACUUGCACCAUUACAGUCCAUAAUGAAUGCGGCGGCAAGGCUCAUCUUCCUGUCCGCCCGCACCUCCCAUGCCUCACCCUUCUGUCAAUCCCUACAUUGGCUUCCUAUAAAAUAUAGAGCUCAAUUUAAAAUUCUGGUUCUUGCUUUCAAAUCUCUACAUAUUGCUGCUCCCACCUAUCUAUCCUCCCUUAUACACAAGUAUGUCCCGUCUAGGCCCUUACGAUCUGCUGAAGACUUACGUCUAUCUUCUGUCCGUACUCCCACCUCUGAUGCUCGCCUUCAAGAUUUCUCAAGGGCUGCACCGUUCCUGUGGAACUCGCUUCCCUCCUCCAUUAGAUGCUCACCCAGUCUCCACUCCUUCCAAAAAUCGUUAAAAACCCACUUCUUCAUAAAAGCGUAUCAAUUAAACUGUUAAUAGCUCCCGACUGACUCCUCUUCUGCAACUGUCACUAGUCUAACACUCUACUUACCUUUUUGUGUCAUUUUACCCCACUCCCUCUAACAUGUAAGCUCAUUGAGCAGGACCCUCAACCCCUCUGUUCCUGUGUGUCCAACUUGUCUGGUUCCAACUACAUGUAUGUUCGUCCACCAAUUGUAAAGUGCUGCAGAAUUUGAUGGCGCUAUAAAGCUGGCAUAAUAAUAAUAAUUAGUUGAAUACCAGUUUGCUUACUAAUCCAAACCACAUAAAAUAGUCUCUGCCAUAAGUAACCACCCCUCUUGGUACUUUAAGGAACACUCUAAGGUUAAAAAAUAUAUAUAUGUAACCGUAGUGUGUUAUUUUAAUGAAUUGGAUCUCCCCCUUCAUAUAAGGGCAGCUUGUGUGCCUUCUUUGAGAUAACUAUUGCCAAUUACCAAUGACUCUUUUCAUAUCUAAUCGUGGGUGUGAGGUGACCAAAUGUAAAGAUCUUUGAUUUUCUAAGGUUCUAAGAAAGAAGAGCUUCAAGUAUCUGUCAAUCUGAUUUUUCAAAAAAAGGGACAAGGUCUGUGCACCAAAACCAUUAGCUUAAUAUGAAGUGGUUUGGGUGCUUAGAAGUAUCACUUUAAAAGCACUGAGCAAUGCUUGGCAAUAAAAUUGCGGUUUUCAUCACUGACUGAUGUUUGGUAUCAUACAGGUUGCUGCUGGGGAAAAGAUUCCACUCAAUCAGGAUGAAAUUAAUCUGCAAGGUCAUGCUUUUGAAGCCAGAAUUUAUGCUGAAGACCCUGAUAACAACUUUAUGCCUGGAGCCGGCCCACUGCUGCAUCUGUCUACACCACCAGCUGAUCCAUUCACCCGCAUUGAAACUGGAGUAAAGCAAGGUAACGGGAUGUGUAUUAGUGCAUCUAUCAAAGAUUUAUAGAAUAAGUUUAUAUUUGCUGCAUUAUUUUAAAACUCAAUAAGUAAGGUUUAUUAUUUAAUCCCUUAAGGACCAAACUUCUGGAAUAAAAGGGAAUCAUGACACUUCACACAUGUCAUGUGUCCUUAAGAGGUUAAAGGGAAACGUUAUGCACUUAUGGUACACAAAAUAAAUCUCCCCAUCAUUACAAUUCCAGAUCUGUGGUUUUGCAAGAAAUGCAAAUGAAACUUUUGUCAUAGUUCCACCUACUUAUCUUUCUUUUCCUAUUGGAUGAGGGAGAACAGAUAGCAGGAACUCAGAGCUCUGCAGUAGUUUAUAGCAAUUAAGACAAUCCAGAAAUAUUGAUGGAGUGAAACAGAUUUAUAGGGAGGAACGGUCCAAAAUGUAUCUUCAAUGUUGUGCAAGUCUUAUAGGCAGCUACAGAAAAUGUUUUUGGUGGAGAUUGUUGCUAUUUAAAGGAACGCUAUAGCCACCCAGACCACUUCAUCUCAGUGAAGUGGUCUGGGUGCAGUGUCUGUGUCUUUGUCUUUUUAACCCUGCAAUGUUUCGCAGUAUUUGAGAAACUGCAAUAUUUAUAUUGCCGGGUUAAGUCCACCUCUAGCGGAUGUCAGUAUGACAGCCACAAAGUCGCUUCCGCGGCACAGACCAAGGAAAACUCGGUCAUAUGAUGCAGUAGCUCUACAGGAAAGCACUGACUGAAUGUUUUCCUAUAGGGAAUUUUGAAAGCGCACAUUGUAUUGAUCAUUGGCGGAGGGGGACAUGCCCCUUCUUUGAUGUUGCGGUAGGUGGUGAUACGGUGAGCGUUGCAUAGAAGCCUCAGUGCUGGAAAACGUUAAGAAAACUUUUUUUUUAUUUAAAUACCUGUGGGGACACCUAAAUAGUAGUAGGGACAGAGACACUAUAGCAUUUGGUAUAAAGAUUUGUAUUCUUAACGCUAUAGUGUUCCUUUUAACCCCUUAAGGACCAAUCUUCUGGAAUAAAAAGGAAUCACGACAUGUCACACAUGUCAUGUGUCCUUAAGGGGUUAAAGGAGGAUCCACAAGUUUCCAUCAAUGUCUUCAAUAUAAAUCUGAAAAGUACAUCUAUUUGUGUGCUAUUAGUUUAAAUAGAUUGUGUUUGUCUAUAACGGUAACUUGGAUGAAGGUCAGGACAUUCUUUCUGAGCAAUCUUUGCUGAAAUUCUGGUAAUUCCAAUGGGUUCACAAACAUUUUCUUCCAACUGUAUGUUGCUGCAUAGUUUUAUUACCUUUUUAAUAUUUUCGUUUAGAUACUACCAAUUGAUUUGGCAUCAAAUUAUAUUAUUGAUCCGUUAAGGGGGAACCUGGUGGAGAUAUACAAAUUAAUAUCUUUAUUGUGUUCAAAAGUAUUUCUGAAUUAUUUCUCAAGGUGAUGAAGUUUCCGUGCACUAUGACCCAAUGAUUGCUAAAUUGGUUGUGUGGGCUGAAGAUCGCCAAGCAGCACUCCGAAAGUUAAAAUAUUCCCUGCACCAGUACAAUGUAAGUAAAAUGAACUAACUAUAAAGGAUCCUCUCAACAGAGUUGUUAACAAAUGCUCGGUCACAAGAUAAACAUAUGUAUUAACUCAUGAUCAUUAAGGUUGUUAACAAAAACUGCUGGAUCACAAGAUGAAAUAUGUUUCCUGUUUGCUUCAUAAUAACCACCAUCUCUGGUUUCUUAGAUAUGUAGAAUAUAUAUUUUUUAUAAGACACAACAAGUUACAAUAUUAAUAAGAGCUGCACUUAUGUAGACUAAGAGGGCAUGACGGAGUGUUAAAGUGCUAAAGGUCCGUUACACACAAUAUGCUUUUUUUUUUUAUUAUUUUUUUUUUUAUUAUUAUUUUGGUAAAAAUUGUUAUUGUGUUGCCAAUUUUUUUUUUUUUUUUUAUUCUUUAUUUUUCUUGUGCAUUUGAUUACAUAAUAGAGGUACCUGUAGCGCCACGACAGUAAUUAAAGGCAUUUCAAUGGCAUACAUUGUCAUGGCAGAAAUAAACAGCACAUUUUAUAUGAGAAAAAUAACAGACUGGGAACACUUUAAAGUUUUUAAACAUGCUAAAUACAGGCUAGCUUUGAAUGUCUGUUGCGGUGGGUCACGAUGGGCUUGUCAAGCUUGAGACAGUAAACGUACAGUGGUUCUAGCAUAUAUAGUAGUGGUUAGAUCCUAUUAAACAUUGCCUUACUAGCUAAGGAUAUUGGUCGAUGCCACGACAGCUUAGGUAAGUACAGCAUCUUCACUGUAAUGCGCAAGCAUGGCAUUAAAGUAGUAGCACACUUUUGUUUACGGUGUAGGCAAUAUAAACAGGCUUAUUGAAUUAUGUCGGGAUUAACAACAUGCAGUAUGAACAUCAACAGGUUAUGUUAGAGUUUGGUGCAGUCAAAUGCUUAGAGAGUGGGUUCAGGUUAAAUCUCUGAGCUCUGGCUGUGCCUGACCUGAGUGUCCCAGGAGGCUUCCUCUAGAAUCCUUUUUUUUUUUUUUAAAGAUUGAGACUAAUAACAAUACUAGUGUGACAUACAUGCAUCAACAGUUGCGAGGUAAACAUGUGUUGGUUAACUGUCAUAUAGUAUGCUUGAUAUUGUAUUGUGUUCAAGCUAGUUGUGGGUUAAUCGCUUUAUGUGUGUGAGGGUACCGGCUAGACUACUUGUCAGUAGGGUUAAGCAGGAAUCAGAGGACUAGCCAUGUGCCCCUCAUCUCGACAGUGGUGUGUGUGUCUAGUGUAGUCGGGUAGUGUAAUUUAGUCCCCAUAGGCAGCCCUUUUAUAACAAUGGCUACUCCCGGUGGCAGUCUCAAUGUAUCCCAUAGGUAGGCACGGUCACAUAAAAGUCCCAUGGGUCCUGUCAAGUGGCCCAUCUCAACCGAUGCCCCCACGUGGCAGGUGGUGUGCAAGCCUCCCAGUGAGCUGUUUCAGGGCAUAUCCAGUAGGUGCCUGGUGGUAGUGCAGGAGCUCUGUUGUUGUCAGCCAGGCUUUAGGCAGUACCGCUCUCUGAGGGUGCUUCCUGGUGGACCUCUGCAUCCUAGUUGUCCGUCGCUUGGGCUGUGCAUGCCAUUUGAGCAGACGUCGUGGGGGGGUCCUUCCUCCAAUGUGGAGCUUCAAACUUUUGUGGUAGGCUCUGAUGCAAUGGAGCGCAGGUAUCCGGGCAAGGCUGUACCGCACUGGUGCGUGGACCACGGGUGGGCGCUCGGGCCCUCUUGAUUUGCAGCCUAGGAAGGGGGCGCCGAACCGGACCUCUGCCUGAAGGCUGUGUUUCGGGCCUAGGAGGUGCAGGUGGCUGUCGCCUUUUCUCCCAUCCCUCACAGAAUUUUCGGCACAUGGUGUCAAACCGAUGCACGAUUCCUACCAUCCAGCCAUCUUGGGUCGUCUGCUCAUCACACCUGUCGUUAUCCUUGGCCAUGUUGUAAAAGGCCUCGUGUCCAUUGGGAGGUAAGUGCCUGUUUGGUGUGGGCUGGGAAAACCCCCGCCAGCCCAAGGGGGGGGAGGGGGGUAGUACGGGGCUCUGAGUAUCCACUCAAGAGAAGGGUCAGGCAGCCCCGGGCUGAGAGAUCGGCCGUUUCUCCCGCUAGGAAUUCACCAGGGCUCUACAAGCCGAGGGCAGCAUCUGUCGAUUAGCUGGUUUAAGGGUGCCAGAAUUCUCCCCAACGUUGCCCCAGCUGUACCAGAUGAAGGUACCAUCUGGAGGCGCUUUGAUAUUAGGGUAUUUUGUCCCACAAAUUGCUAUUUAGUCAGUUUGAAGCAGGAGCUCAUGCAACCUGCGACCAUUCAGUAUGGCAUCCAAGUCCCGCCCUGCCCCGUCGUGUUGCCAAUUUUUAAGAUCAUCGUGUAAGGCUAACAAGUUUGGGGUUUUAUUUGAUUGAUGUAACUCAGGGAGGGGAACCCAUGCUCUAGUACCAGGACUGAGUGACUGCAAAAAAUCCACUUGUUAAUUGAAAUACUAGCUCAUUAAAGUUGUGAUUAUCAUGCCAGGAGAACCCUUGAACUAUUCCAAGGUCAGGGGGAAAACUGUUUUACAAUGCUUUGCCACUUACCUAGGUUCUGCUGAGCCUCAAUAACUUGCAUUCAAAUGACCUUGUCAUAAUGGUGAUUAAAAAUAAAACAAACAAACAUAUUAUACAAUCCAAAAUAUAAAAUCAUGUGAUGUCUGAGACCAUUUAAUAAACUUAAAACCAUUUAAUUACAUUAAUUGAAAUUGCUGAUGUUAAAGCAGCAUUGUCACUGUCUGGGGUCUGUGCAGAAUUCGUAAAAGGCACCCAACGGUGACCUCACUGCUGGGGCUCUGGUUGUCGGGUAGAGCAGGUAAAUGUGAGUUCUGCUUACCUGUCCCUCGUUGGCGCUGCCAUCUUCCUUCUGCGGGUGUUCUUCAGCUCUUGUGCUCCUGCUUCGGGAGCCGACGUCACCUCUGUACUCUUCCGCAUGUGCGAGAGGACAGCAUUGAGGUCUGUGGAGGAUCCUGCCAGAUUGUGGAUUCUCCAUAGACAGAGCCAAUUCCCUACAGCCAUCACGUGUGACGGCGGGGUGGAUUGACACUUGUAGAUGGUGGUAGCUCUGCCCAGUGUCUAGAAGUGUCAGGCGUAGGAAAUAUUCUGAGUAUAUACAUGUACACUAAGCAUCACUGCAUAUGUACAGCUAUGGGGAAAUCAAAGAUCUCCCUUGAGGCUCAGUUCAGGCUUCUGUUUUGAAACUGUUUGUGCCGAGAAAAUAUUUCUAUCCCAAGCUCUGGCCAUUCAGAGGUUUGCACAAUUUACAAUAGCAACGCUCUAAAAAUUACCCAGUGCCGGAUCUCACAAAGGAGCAUACUCAGUCUGCACUCAGGAGACAUGCAAAACUAGAGUCACUCACCAUAGACCACCAGGUAGCUACAUGUCCCACCCCUACACGGAACAAGGUAAGAAGGUAAGAAGCAACAUUUUAAAUAAAUAAUAAAAAAAUAAAAAAAAUACCCCCACAUAUUAGAACCUAAAUACCACACUACAAAUACACACACAUUAUCCCCUAUACACACAUAGGAGGAAUUUUACUGUAAUUACAGUAUUGGUUGUUUUGUUUUUCUUCUAAAUUACUAGUUAAAAUAUAUUGGAAUGUCUUCUAUUAUGGUGCUUCUUAUAUUUAGAAAAUAUGGUGAUAAUGUUGUGCACUUGCCUGUUCUGUGUAGUGUAUGUAUUUUAUCUAAUUAUAUCUUUUGAAGUGUAAAUUAUUUUAGAUUUUGGUUUGUAAAAAUAGGCAGUGGUUGAUUAUGCAACAGAUGCCUCCAGUACGUCAUGCUCUGUGGUAGAGUUAUAUCUAAGCACUCUAAUUACUUUUUUCUUUUCAGAUUGUUGGACUGAGCACCAAUAUUGAUUUCCUCCUCAGCCUGUCUGAUCACCCUGCAUUUGAAGCUGGGGAUGUACACACUAAUUUUAUUCCCCAGCAUCACAAUGAACUCUUUCCUCCCAAGCAAGAAACCUCAGGAGAGAUGUUGUGUCAAGCUGCACUGGGCCUCAUCCUGAAGGAGAAAGUCUUAAGCAAUGAGUUUAAUUUACAGUCUGGAGGUAUGUUUUUUUUUUUCUGUAUUUUUCCUCUUUAUACUCAGUAACCAGUAAAGAACUUUUUUUGGUGUUAUUUCUGUAUUUCAUCCUAGGCAGCAUUAGGUAUAAAAGCUUUUUAUCAUAUCUAAACUAAAUUUGAGAGGUGACGAUUGUUUUGCCACUGGUUGCUGUGUUAGAAUAUUCUCCCAGUUCUUUGUUCAUUACCAUUUUCACUGUUAGUAUUAAAUUCUAAAAUCAAACACGUGUAAGGCACUUUUAAAACUUACGAGAUGUGUCCACUAAUAUAGUUUAGCCACAUACACCAUAUACACAGCAUUAAAGUACAGUAUCUCACAAAAGUGAGUACACCCCUCACAUUUUUGUAAAUAUUUUAUAUCUUUCAUGUGACAACACUGAAGAAAUGACACUUUGCUGCAAUCUAAAGUAGUAAGUAUACAGCCUCAAAAUAACUCAACACACAGCCAUUAAUGUCUAAACCAAUGGCAACAAAAGUGAGUACAGCCCUAAGUGCAAAUGUCCAAAUUGGGCCCAAUUAGCCAUUUUCCCUCUCUGGUGUCAUGUGACUCGUUAGUGUUACAAGGUCUCAGGUGUAAAUGGGGAGCAGGUGUGUUAUCUCUCUCAUACUGGUCACUGAAAGUGCAACAUGGCACCUCAUGGCAAAGAACUCUGAGGAUCUGAAAAAAAGAAUUGUUGUGUUACAUAAAGAUGGCCUAGGCUAUAAGAAGAUUGCCAAGACCCUGAAACUGAGCUGCAUCAAGACCAUACAGCUGUUUCACAGGACAUGUUCCCCUCAGAACAGGCCUCGCCAUGGUCGACCAAAGAAGUUGAGUGCACAUGCUCAGCAUCAUAUCCAGAGGUUGUCUUUGGGAAAUAGUAUUAGUGCUGCCAGCACUGCUGCAGAGGUUGAAGGGGUUAGGGGUCAGUCUGUCAGUGCUCAGACCAUACCCCACACACUGCAUCAAAUUGGUCUGCGUGGCUGUCGUCCCAGACGGAAGCAUCUUCUACAGAUGAUGCACAAGAAAGCCUGAAAACCGUUUGCUGAAGACAAGCAGACUAAGGACAUGGAUUACUCGAACCUGUCCUGUGGUCCAAUGAGACCAAGAUAAACGUAUUUGGCUCAGAUGGUAUCACGAGUGUGUGGCGGAAAACCAGGUGAGGAGUACCAAGACAAGUAUGUCUUGCCUACAGUCAAGCAUGGUGGUGGAAGUGUCAUGGUCUGGGUUUGCAUGAGUGCUGCCGGCACUGGGGAGCUACAGUUCAUUGAGGGAACCAUGAAUGUCAACAUGUACUGUUACAUACUGAAGCAGAGCAUGUCUUGGCCGCAGGGCAGUAUUCCAACAUGAUAACGACUCCAAACACACCUCCAAGACGACCACUGCCUUGCUAAAGAAGCUGAAGGUAAAGGCGAUGGACUGCCAAGCAUGUCUCCAGACCUAAACCCUAUUGAGCAUCUGUGGGGCAUCCUCAAACGGAAGGUGGGGGAGCGCAAGGUCUCUAAUAUCCACCAGCUCCGUGAUGUCUUCGUGGAAGAGGACUCCAGUGGCAACCUGUGAAGCUCUGGUGAACUCCGUGCCCAUGAGGGUUAAGGCAGUGCUGGAAAAUAAUGGUGGCCACACAAAAUAUUGACACUUUGUGUCCAAUUGCGACAUUUCCACUUAGGGGUGUACUCACUUUUGUUGCCUACGGUUUAGACAUUAAUGGCUGUGUGUUGGGUUUUUAUGAGGGGACAGAAAAUUUACACUGCUACACUUUACUACACUUACUACUUUACAUUGUAGCAGAGUGUCAUAUUUUCAAAAAUGUGAGGGGUGUACUCACUUUUGUGACAUACUGUAACUCCUUAAUACCCCAACCAGUAAUACGCUAUCACUUUGUCACUUUAAGAAUGUGAAAUAUAAAACCAGAAUACUUUGUUUUAUACUUAUAGACAAACAUAGUACAGAGAGUAUGUUCACUUUGUGUUAAAACCACCGCUCAUCUCCUUUCUAGGUGGCACUCACAUAAACCAGUGAUACUUUUAUAAAAUCGAAUACAAAGAAAGUAAAAAAUGCUUCCUUAAAAUCCGUGUGAGUUCAUAUCAAGGGAAACUCACCAUGAGCACUAUAUAUAUCAAUACUCCUUUAUCAUCACGGGAUUUGAUUUUAUGCUAUAAGUACACUUGGAUAGGAAGAUUGAGCAUACCUGUGGGCCAAUGGGAAUAAGUGGAGGAGUGGACGAGGAGUGCGACAGUCAAACUAUACACAGAUGAGAUCAGUGACCUGUCAGUGGAAGCCCACGUGAUCAGGGCAAAAGAUCAUAUACAGGAGGCAGACUCAGAGUUCCCAUGUGUCUAGAGUCAGUAGUAAGUUUCCUUUGUUGUGAACUCAUACUUUAAAUAAGAGGGUUUUAAAGUUAUUUUUUUCUUUCUUAUAUAUAAAACUUUGAUGAUAUAAAACUAUUGGGGUUCUCCCUGGUCUUUUUUUCCCUCUCUAGUAUUAACUUGUUCAUCCCGCUCACACUCCAAGCACUAACUCUUAGAAUGUGCCAAACAUGCCCAAAGUAGUGGUUUGAUUAAGAAAAUUGAUUACAUCUUUUGUUCAGAACACACUGGCAUGUAGCAGCUUAGUAGGCCCACUGCAGGUUUGUCCAUACAUCAAGACUAUCUCAAACUCAUUGCCUUGCAAUAACUGGCGCUAAGUAAACAGAAAUGAGAAGGAUCCAACAAUAGAAAUUAAUAUCUUAUGGGCAUACAUAGGGGCAAUAUUUAUUAAGAACAAUGGAAAAGUACUAAAAAGUGGAUAAUCUCUAUUAAAUCAUGUUGGUUCCACUUUUUAAACUUGGAACCUAAAUUUCUUUAUCUUUAUAAUUAAAAUAUAUGGAUGGAUGCAUAGUCUUCCUGGUAACAACAUGAUGGAGGCACCAAUCCAUCUUACAGACUGCACACUCUCGAUCAGUAUAUCAAGAAUAAUUAUAACUAAUCUUUUGCGGCUUUUACAUUUCUGUUUUUAUAUUUGAACAUUUAUUUUCUAGAACUGUAUACUCCAUUCACUUCCAAUAGUGGUAGACGAAUGAAUCUGUUAUACACACGAAACCUCACUUUGCUUGACUGUGAAAAGAGUAAGUACAUUUUGGAUUAUUGGCAAUUUUAGUGCCAAAACGUUUACUUACAUUUAUAGCAUCCUUUCUGCAAAAGUUAAAGGCAAAUUCCAAGUGCUAUAUUUACUAGUAUGCAAUCUGUAUAGUAAAUGUAUUGUAAGCAUAUUUUCUACUUGUUUUUAUUGCAUUGCUUUUACAUUACAACUAGUCUGCUUUAGUGGUUAUGGUGCUCAUGGUGUUGCUAUAUAGGGAAUCUCUAUCGAUGACUUUGCAGCACAUUACAAUUAUGUGAUAUAGAACCACAAUCAUAAAAAUGCUAUUCAUAGAAAAUAUACACACAAUAUAAAUAAGCAUCAAUAACAUCUGAAAUAAUACAUUAAACAUAACAAUCAGGGUUGAAAUAUGUAUUAAGAGCCAAGAGCUGUCCCAGGUUAUAACUGAACACUCAAUUAAUGUAGCCAAAAGAGUCACCAGACAAGAUAUAAUCAAUUUCUUCUAUAAAUAGAAUUGUUUCCUUUUAGUAAAAUGUUUAACACAGGGUUCUAGGCCAAAACUCAAAUUGGAAUGGCAUGAUCCAAACUCUUGCCUCCUAUUGAUUCAUUAUGUUAGCCACAUACAGUAAGCCUAUUUGUAACUGCAGUAUGUCAAAAGCGAGUUUACCAGCACACUUAAAGCCUUCUAAAUAAUAUAUAUAUUUAUUUGUUUAACAGAAGUGGAGAUGAGAAUAAAUUACAACCAUGAUGAAUCAUUUGAAAUGCAUGUAAGUAAUAAAUGUAACUUCAAGAGGAACUGUCACUUCCCAGGAUUUUGGUAUUUUUUGCAGUUGAAGUUUAUUCAUUUUGUAACAUAAAAGAAUUAAAGGGUACAGAAAAUAAGAAGGAAGUAUAAGCUUACAUCCGGGGGUUGCCAUACAUCGAGAUAGGAGUACAUGUUAUACAAGACACUUCAUAAAGCAGUCAUGACUUUGUAAUUCCAAAGACGGUUGGCAUGCUCUCUGGCUAACGCCCCAAUGGAGGCCUGCUGGGUGUCGACUUAAUGCUUGAAUUACCUUCAUUGCCUGCUGAAAGCAACUUCCACCCAGUCCCCCUGUCGUUAGUGGUGAUGUUUCUUGCAGUUAGUCAAAACGUGGCCUGCCCUUAGAGGCAUCAGCUUUUGGCUGUGCCUGGUUUCCCUUUCUCGUGUGGGCUGUCACAGUGCACCUAUAGACUUAUCGUGUGAUUCAUAUACUGUAGAGAUAACAUUGUACUAUUCUUAGCCGCUAUAUGUAAUUAUAUGAAUGAACGAUAUCAGUGUGGUGGACAUUUCCCCGGUGUCUGAUCUAUCCUGAUCUGCACGUACAGCAGUCAACACAACCCAGCUUUAGAGUGUUUGGUCUUGCUAUCCGGUACACUCACCGAGAACAGUGGAUAGCCAACCCUCUUUAAUUGAGAGGCUAGAGGAAGGGGGAUUAUAGGUAAGAGAGAAAUUAAGGAAGUAAGUAGGGUGGUCUGGAGCUAUACUGGUAGAGGGGAAGAAAGGAAGCAAGUAACAAGUGAUUGGAGUAACAAGCAAGUGAUUGGACCGUUUCACUGGUUCAGAGUGUGUGUACAAUCUAAGAGGAAGUGCGAGAAGAGGUGGGAGCAAUAUUUUAAUUAAGAGGAAAAAUAAAACCUCUAUUUAAGUAGCAGAGGGAAUUGGGAAGGAACCCACACAGGGAGGGAGGGAAAAGAUAUCUUCUCCUUGCAGGUCCUCUGCCUGCAAAGGAGAAGAUUUUUACAUAUGUUGCCAGCUUGUUGUGCGCAAUUAAAAAUAACUAUGAAUGUACAGUGUUUCCAGAAGAAAUACUGCACGUCCAGUAUCCGACCACCAUGACCACUACAAAGUGAUCACGGUGGUUGGAGUACCUUUCAAGAUUUAACUAGAAUUACAUCCUAGUUCACUUAGAAAAAUGGAGUCUCACGUGGUUAACACAAGGUUAACACAAGGUUAACACAAUUUAUUUAAUUAUUUGAUUUUGAUUUUAAGGCAUGCUGGAUUUAUUUUUAUUUUUUUAUUUAUUUUAAGUAUAAUUUAACAAUAAAAUGAAUUUAGUUCUACCCGUGUUUCUUUUACUCUAAUCUGUUUUUAUUUUUUAUUCGGGGGGCAGGUCAUUUUAGUGUGAUUUAUUCUGUGAUUUCUAUGUUUUAAUAAAAAAAUACAUUUCAAAACCUCUUAUGCUUGUUAUAUUGUAGAUUCAGGAUAAAGUGUGGAAAGUGUCAGGAGAACUUUUCAAUGAAGGAGAUGUAACUUAUUUGAAAUGCUCGGUGGACGGCACAGUUUGUAAAUCCAAGCUGGUUAUUCUGGAUGGCACAAUACAUCUCUUCUCAAUGGUCAAGAAUCCUUUUUACUUCACAAUGUUUACAAAUUCUAACCUACUGAUGGAUUAACAUCCCUGCAUACUAUCUAUCCAAUUCAUAAUGUACAUUUUAUUUAGUAAUUGUGAAACUAGUUUGCUUAACGUUAAUUUAUUCAGAAGGUCUUGAAAAACCUAGUCUCUGUAUUCAACACAGAUGGACUUAUUCAGGGCUUAAAAUUUCAAGCCAAUGCUACAAGCCAAGCCUUGAAAGUUUCUCUUACUACAAGUCUGGAGAAUACAUGUCACACUCACUGGAUGUGAAUUUCUAUUUACCGGAACUAAAUUUUUUUCUUGCCAGUGGCUAGUGUCAAGUGGAAAUGUUCAGCCCUAGACUUGCUUAUAGAUAAACUUUGUUUUUUAAUUAAUAUUAAUUAUUAUUUUUGUUCUCUAACACGCAUUUCCAAUAAAGAUAUGACACUACCAAGAGUGUCAUAUACACUGCCAAGAGUGUCAUAUACACAUUGUAGCAGAUUAAAAUAUUUUGUUGUCAACAAGACUUUGUCAUCAAUUGAGUGACUGGUGAGGGGAGGGACCCAAACUAUAAAAUAUUUCAAUCUGAAAACCAAUACAUUUGCCAACAGUACUGCUAGCACAGUGUAAAUAUAUAUAUAUAUUUUAUUGUACUAUCCAUUCAGCCGAUGUGAGUACCAUGAUUUGUGCACUUUGAAGCAUUCUCAGUAUACAUUGAAAUAUACCGUAAGCAUUUUUACUAAAAGUUCCUUAACAUAUACAUCUGUCCUAAAUUUUGUCUACUUUUUCUUCUUGUCGUGCUUCUUAAUGAUUUCACUUUUCAUGUUACAGGAAAGAAGUGCACAGCUUGGUAUUCCAACUCCAAAAUUUUUGUCAGGAGUAAGCACUACUGUUUCUCAAGGAGGAGCAGUAGCACCAAUGACUGGGACUAUAGAAAAGGUAAUGUACCUUCAUAGAUGGUCAGGAAAUAAAACAUAUUGGUAAGUUUUAUAAGAAACUUAUUAAAAUAAAAAAGGAUAGUGCGAGAAGCUAAAAAGUGGUACUAAAUGUUUAGUCAGUAGCAUACACAAAAGAUUAAAUGGCCUUCUCACCCAAACAAAGUAAUGCAGCUAGAGACUCAUAAACUAUUUUAUGAGUUCUUAACUAAAGAAACUCACUGCACACUAAUACACAUGUUCCAAACUUCCACUUGCUCUCACAUUGGUGUUUCGUAUUCUCCAAUCACGCAAGAACUCAGUACUGGCCUCCUCUGAACUAGGUCUCGAUUUAUUGAGCUAUCAAUGUUUAAAAAGAACUUUCACAAUGUUUUAUCUAUGAUAAAAAAACUAGGAGCUGACCAACAUAUAUAGAAAAUUAUAGCAUAAGUUAACACCUAGGAAAUGGUAGUAGAUGGGAAACUAUAGAAUAUAAAAGAUUAUUGAUUGCAUUUACCAAUAUCUUAAUAACUAUAACUAAUAAAGCUAAUGUUUCAUUUUUUUUCCAUUUACCUUCUUAGCUUCUAAAUUACUUAUCUACAAAAAUUUCCAUUGACUUUAAUGAUAACUUCUGACAUUUGGGAUUUUUAUGUAACAGUAUUUCAUUAUUUGGAAAGCCCUAUUAAAUUGAGGCCAAAAUACGUGAUGCAUUUGCCCAAUUACAUUGGCUUCCUUCGAAGGUUAUAUUUUUCAUUAUUUUUUGAUUUAAAGAAAGUAUUUUUUAGAAAGGAUUGCAUUUCGUCUCUUUCAUGUCAAUAUUGGUUCCUGGUCCAUAUUGUCUGCUUAAUGAAAUGUAUAUGCUUAUCUGUAGGUGUUUGUAAAGGUGGGUGAUAAAGUUAAAGCUGGAGAUCCACUGAUGGUUAUGAUAGCAAUGAAAAUGGAGGUGAGAUUUUUGUUGUGAAUGUGGCUUCUGUAAACUGUUCUUUCUUGCAGUCCUGUGAUACGUAGAUAUCGUAGAGAAGAGUUACCUUUUAAAUGAAUUGUAAGUUUAGAAAGGCCUGUCACUUGUCCUGAUCAAAUUAUCUGAAAUGACUUCAAGAAAAUGUGAUAAGAAUAACGAGAAUAUCAUAAGUCAAAAAUAAAGUCUGUCUCCAGAUAAUGAGUUAAACUCAGUUACAAAACCGAAUUACAGGACAAAGGCAUACAUCAACCUUCAUCACAGCAGGCUUUAGUGGUUAUGGUACUUGGUAUUUUCCUUUUGAGCCUGUAUAUGUUAUGUGUGUUGCUUCCAUGACUCUAUUGAAUAUUUGUAUUAAUUCUAACAAAUGUGCAGAUAUCAUUAAGCACAACUUGAGUAAUGCACUUUGAGAGACCUUUAUUUUCUAUUUCUGAAACCUGAAGUAAUUGUGAAUUGACCAGGGCCAACACUUUCCAGAUUAAUGAAUAUUACUUUCCUAGUGUAAGGCUUGCUAAUUGACCAUAUAAAUUAGUACUGCAGGCUGUAGACACCAUGCCUUGUGUAUACCACAUAAAUAAUAGUUUAUUACAUUUGAAGCAAAUGCCAAUACAUGAUGUAUUUAUUUUUUUCUUUAAAAAAAACACUUUUCUAUCUGUCUAAACAGUAAUUUUAGGGGUCAUACUCCACUAUUAUCUGACCAACUAGUGCCUAAUCUAACUUACUUGCUGCUGUGGUUGCUCUGUGUGAACCUGCAAAAGCAAGAAACGUAGAUUGUGCAAUACUUGUUCAGAUAACAGUAGUGUCUGAACCAACAUGGCUGCCCAGCCUGUGGAAAAAAAGUAUAUACAUAAAAAAAUGUUUUAAAUCAUUUGUUUUCUUUAACUGUAAUCUUACAAAAUAAAAAGUGAAAGUUUACUGGCAGUUGCCCUUUAACUAGUACACCCAGGGCUGACACAUGAAAAGCAUUCAAAUGUUUGAGCGCCUCUCUGAUCGGUUUCCUCUCACUAUAUAUACAUUGACCAUUAAGAUUUUUUGUUUAUGCUUUUUCAUAGAUCUUUUUAUACGAGGUUUUUAACUAAAGAUCUGUUUCUUUACAGCACACAAUACGUGCUCCAAAAAGUGGCACCAUAAAAAAAAUUUACUUUCUAGAAGGCACCCAAGCCAAUAGACAUGCUCCGCUGGUUGAACUGGAGGAAGAAGAAGCCGAAUCAGAAUAAUUUCCAGGAAAUUAAAUAAUAAAAAAAAUAAUCUUGUUUAUUACAAGAUUAAGAACCUAUAAAUGUGUUUUCAUUUGUUUAUAAUAAAUAUUUUACACACUUUGGUUUAUUUCAUUUUUUAUGUAAUUUUUGAAAACAAUGGUCGAUUUAAAUAUGGCUUACGUGCAAUAAUUAAUCCAGACAAAGAGCAUCAUUCACAUGGCUUUAUAUAAAGGAAGAAAACGUAUUGAAACCAAAGUUAUAUUGCUGCUUUUAAUGGGGGGCCACUACAUGCUUUAGUUUCACAAAACACUUUGUAGUACAGAGCAUCUUCGUUUUGAGGUAUGAAAAAUCUACAUCAUUGUUUUGUUAUGCAUUUUCUAUUGCAACUCACAUUUGCUAAUUAUUUGAAUAAUAACAUGAUUGAUAGUAACUCUUAAGUCAUUAAAGGAACACUACUGUUGGAAAUAUAUUGUUUUAUACCACAGUGUUUCAGCGGGGUGUUUUAGUUUCUGCCCUACCCCACGCACCCCCCAACAACAAUAAAAAAAUACCUGCAAUCCAGUGCUGACACAUGCUCUUGUCUGCAGCCUGAUCUGCCUCCGCUGAUGUGAUCAGGCUUGAUGACAUUUCGGUCAAAACAAAUGCUUCUCAUAGAGAAGCAUUGGGGGUGUAAUGCGCACGAGCAGCUAUCGCCAUGAUGCAGCAAUCAAAUGCUUCUCAUAGAGAACAAUUGAAUCCAGAGCUCAUUGAGAAGCCUUAAGCAUUUGAAGUCCUUAUGCAAUGCGUGAAGAUGUUGAAUAUCAAGAACCAAGUUUGACUCCGUUCUGGAAGCAUAAGAACCAUUUAGUGGCUGUCCUGGUACUUAGCCCCUUAAUGUAAACAUUGCCUAUCUCCAAAACGCCAAUAUUUUACACUGCAGGAGAGAAAAGGCAGGGUCAUUGCACCUAGACCACUUUAUUGAUAUGAAGUAGUAUUGGGGUUUAUAGUGUCCCUCUAGUGGGCUCUAUGUGCAAAACCAGAUGUAUUUUACAUGCAUUUGUUACUUGUUCAACAUUACUUUGUACUUGCAUAAAGUUUUGUGAAAUUCUGAAAUACCAUGUUCUCUGUGUUUCUGUGGAAUAGAAGCUACUAGACAGCCAUUCUGUCACUUCCUCUUCGGAUCUCAACCAGUUUCCAUUUUGUAGUCAAUGUGAGUGACACAUUG